AUGAUGAUGAUGCCCCGUUCGUCCUUGCUGUGGAUUCUCCUCUGCGUCGUAGUUCCGUUGAUGGCUCAGGAUCCGCCUCCUGCCAAUGAUGUGUGCGAUGGAGCGAUUGAUCUGACAGUCCUCCUUGGGAACAACGACGAAGUAGGGUUAGAAGGAUCCACGGUGAGUGCCACGAAAGAAGAGAACCAAAAUCUGUGUGGCGCUACGGCGGCCAGUAAGCGUGGAAUUUGGUAUCUCUACAAGAACAGCAGCAUUCCGGAAGACAGCAGCACGAUUGUGACGGUCUCGACGUGUCACGAUGACACCGACUUUGAUACAGCAUUGACGGUCUAUGAAGGAUUCUGUACCGGUCUUCAAUGCGUCCACGGAGUCGACAAUGACACCGAAUGCAGCACUGGGAGUGGACAACACAGCACUCUUAGUUGGCAUGCCAAAACCGGGACACGCUACUACUUGCUGGUCCAUGGCGGUCAUGUCAAUCAUACGGGAAAAUUUUCCUUGACGGUCACCACCGAAGAACCAUUGGCGCCACCUUCACCACAAACAGGGAGUGAUGCAUCUUCCUCUUUCCUUGCCAGUCCAUUCGUAAUGCCUUCCACAAUCAUGAUUCUGGGAGCAUUCGUUUCGUCAUUGCUAUAG